AUGGAGGUGCAAUUAGGGCUGGGGAGGGUCUACCCGCGGCCGCCGUCCAAGACCUAUAGAGGAGCUUUCCAGAAUCUGUUCCAGAGCGUGCGCGAAGUGAUCCAGAACCCGGGUCCCCGGCACCCUGAGGCCUCGAGCGCAGCACCUCCCGGCGCCCGUUUACAGCAGCAGCAGGAGACUAACCCCCAGCAGCAGCAGCAGCAGCAGCAGCAGGGUGAGAAUGGCUCUCCCCAAGCCCAGAGCAGAAGCGCCACAGGUUACCUGGCCCUGCAUAAGCAACAGCAGCCUUCACAACAGCAGCCAGCCCCCGAGGGCCACCUCGAGAGCGGCCGCGUCCCAGAAUCUGGAGCCGCUGCGGCCGCAGGCAAGAGGCUGCCGCAGCAGCCGCCAGCACCUCCGGACGAGGAUGACUCAGCUGCCCCAUCCACGUUGUCCCUGUUGGGCCCUACUUUCCCGGGCUUAAGCAGCUGCCCCACCGACCUUAAAGACAUCCUGAGCGAGGCCGGCACCAUGCAACUCCUUCAGCAGCAGCGGCAGGAGGCGGUAUCUGAAGGCAGCAGCAGCGGGAGAGCGAGGGAGGCCGCUGGGGCUCCCACCUCCUCCAAGGACAGUUACCUAGGGGGCACUUCGACCAUCUCUGACAGCGCCAAGGAGUUGUGUAAGGCAGUGUCCGUGUCCAUGGGCUUGGGUGUGGAGGCGUUAGAGCAUCUGAGUCCUGGGGAACAGCUUCGGGGAGACUGCAUGUACGCCCCACUUCUGGGAGGGCCACCCGCUAUGCGUCCCACUCCCUGCGCCCCUCUGGCCGAAUGCAAAGGUUCCCUGCUGGACGAUAGCCCAGGCAAGGGCACAGAAGAGACUGCUGAGUAUUCGGGUUACGCCAAAGACGGCGAGAGCCUGGGCUGCUCCGGUAGCGACGAAGCAGGGAGCUCCGGGACACAUGAGCUGCCGUCCACCCUGUCUCUCUACAAGUCCGGAGCACUGGAUGAGGCAGCAGCGUACCAGAGUCGCGACUACUACAACUUUCCGCUGGCUCUGGCCCCGCCGCCGCCCCCUCCGCCACCUCACCAUCCCCACGCCCGCAUCAAGCUGGAGAACCCGCUGGACUACAGCAGCGCCUACAAACUCCAGUUGUAUGGGCCGUGUGGCGGAGGUGGCAGCGGCGGGGCAAGCGAGGCAGGGGCCGUAGCCCCUUACGGCUAUGCUAGGCCACCUCAGGGACUGGCGGGCCAGGAAGGAGACUUUCCCGCACCCGAUGUGUGGUACCCCGGCGGCGUGGUAAGCAGAGUGCCCUAUCCCAGUCCCAGCUGUGUAAAAAGCGAGAUGGGCCCCUGGAUGGAGAGCUACUCUGGACCUUACGGGGACAUGCGUUUGGAGAGCGCCAGGGACCAUGUUUUGCCCAUCGACUAUUACUUUCCACCCCAAAAGACGUGCCUGAUCUGUGGGGAUGAAGCUUCUGGCUGUCAUUAUGGAGCUCUCACUUGUGGAAGCUGCAAGGUCUUCUUCAAAAGAGCCGCUGAAGGGAAACAGAAGUACCUGUGUGCCAGCAGAAAUGAUUGCACCAUCGAUAAAUUCCGAAGGAAAAAUUGUCCAUCUUGUCGUCUCCGGAAAUGCUAUGAAGCAGGGAUGACUCUGGGAGCCCGGAAGCUGAAGAAACUAGGUAAUCUGAAAAUACAGGAAGAAGGGGAGACCUCCAGUGCCACCAGCCCCACUGAGGAGCCAACCCAGAAGCUGACAGUGUCACACAUUGAAGGCUAUGAGUGUCAGCCCAUCUUUCUGAAUGUCCUGGAAGCCAUUGAACCAGGCAUAGUGUGUGCUGGACAUGACAACAACCAGCCGGACUCCUUUGCUGCCUUGUUGUCUAGCCUCAAUGAACUGGGUGAAAGACAGCUUGUACAUGUAGUCAAGUGGGCCAAAGCCUUGCCUGGCUUCCGCAACUUGCACGUGGACGACCAGAUGGCAGUCAUUCAGUACUCGUGGAUGGGGCUCAUGGUUUUUGCCAUGGGCUGGCGGUCCUUCACCAACGUCAACUCCAGGAUGCUCUACUUCGCCCCGGACCUGGUUUUCAAUGAGUACCGCAUGCACAAGUCCCGGAUGUACAGCCAGUGUGUCCGAAUGAGACACCUCUCUCAAGAGUUUGGGUGGCUCCAAAUCACCCCCCAGGAAUUCCUGUGCAUGAAAGCACUGUUGCUCUUCAGCAUUAUUCCAGUGGAUGGGCUGAAAAAUCAAAAAUUCUUUGAUGAACUUCGAAUGAACUACAUCAAGGAACUCGAUCGUAUCAUUGCAUGCAAAAGAAAAAAUCCCACAUCCUGCUCAAGGCGCUUCUACCAGCUCACCAAGCUCCUGGAUUCUGUGCAGCCUGUAAGCAAAUGA